ACCUUUGCAGUAUACUUGGAUGUUCUAGUUUCUUUUACUUGUAAACAAAAAGAUAAAAUUCGAAAGCAAAAAAACUUCGUUUUCGGUCCAUACUUCCCAAUACCUUCUUAAGCGUAAGGCACUAGAACGCCGCAUGUUAACGUUUCGGUAGGAGAUUUCGGCCCCUCCACACUAUCGUUUUUGGGGAUGCCAAUACGUAGCAAGCUUCCGCCCAUCAGACCCCGAGAUCACCUGCGAUAGGCUUUGCUCGGGGUAUGCAGGGAGAGUGCCUUCAAAUUGAGACAAAGUAUAGUGUCCAAGAAAAGAUGAAGAAAAGUACUAAUUCAAGAAAAAAAGAAAAAAUCAAUAAAGAAGAAGAAGAAACUCAAGCACAAUCUAGUAAUUUCAUCCAUGUUAAUACUCCACUGUAUGAGAGCCAAGAUAAGUAUUCAAUAGUUUGCCACUGUUGAAACUUGAUGCAGUUUGACCGAAACUCGUGCUUUAUAUGUUAUUUAGACAAUUGUAUGACAACCUAGUGAUGAAUGAAAGAAUGUGAACAAACGACAAACGCGUGUCUUAUUAAAUUUUAAAAAAUGGGUGGAAAUGGAAUGUGGUGAAAGUCUUGACAAAUUGGAAAAGAAAAUCGAAGGGAUGUUCAACGAAUUACACGAUGAUGUCAAAGAAAUUGAAAACAGCAACAAGUUUAUAAAAGAAGAAAAUUAUCGUCUACGCAAGAUGUUAUUUGACAUUAAAAGGAUUGUUCAAAAAAGAUGAAUUCAAAUUAAAAUGUAAAUUUAAUAAUAAAUUAAAAAAUUGAAAAAGCCAGACAGCGUGCGUGUGUGUGUGUGUGUUCGUUUCUAAGUAAUUGGUAAAAUUUUAGAAACAAUUCUUAACAAAAUAUUGUAUUUAAGACUCGAAAAUUCAACGAGCUCGACACAAUUUGAAAGUUGUUGAGAUGGAUUCUGAAAGUUAUGAUCGUAAAUUUCGAAAAUUGUUCUCGAAAGAUACGGAUACGGCAUUAAAACGAUUAAUAACUGUACAAGAAGAAAUAAUUCGAGAAAAGAAUGAAGAGAUUCGCGAAAGAGAUAAAUUGACUGAAAAAAUGGAAGGAUUGUUAGCAAAAGGGGAAUCGAAAACUGUUAUGCAAGACAAAAUAAUUUGUGAAAAGAAUGAAGAGAUUCGCAAAAGAGAUAAAUUGAUUGAAAAAAUGGAAGGAUUGUUAGCAAAAUGGGAAUCGAAAACUGUUAUGCAAGACAAAAUCAUUCGCGAAAAGGAUGAAAUGAUUCUCAAUAAAGAUAAAACAAUUAGAGAAAAUAACGAAACCAUUCUCAUUACAAAUAAAUCUUUAUAUAAUUACGUAGAGUUGAUUGAAGAAUGGAAAAGAUGUGCAAAAGAAGUACUAGAAGAUAAGGAAAAAACAGACAGACAAAAUUAUAGUUUAGAAAAAGAAAACGAACACUUACGCAAACUAGUGGAAGAGAUAACCGAGAAAGCAAUGUAAUUUCCAUAAAAAAUUUGUUUUCUAAUUGAAUAAAAUGCAAAUUUGAAAUUUA